GAUGUUUCUCCACCUCUACUUUUGGGGCUGUUAAAAUGUGUUUGUUUUGUAAUUAACUGCAAUAAUUUCAAGUUUUGAACUGCAAGAUAAUUUGAAAAAAAUAGUUAAUCUGCAUUUUAGAAAAAGCAGAAGAAAAACCGAAAAUUAAAUGAAUAAAAGUUGAAGAAAAGUGAAAAGGAAAAGGCGUGUUGUGUGCUAUACUGCCAAUACUAGAAAAUAGAAGCAAAGCAAGAGAUUAAGCGUGUCCUGUAUGUACAUAUGUGUGCGUGUGCGCCUUUAAGAUUUUCCCCGAUGUGCUCAUGAAUUUGUUGAUAAAAAUUACCGCAAACAAAAUAAAAAGCGUUCGUGUGUGUUAUAAUUUAAAAUUACAACAAAAUGUGUCGCAUGUGAAUAAAUUGAUAAUGCCCAAAAUGGUUCCGACAACGAUAACGGUACUUUAAUGCUUUUCCGCACACAUUCUCACACACACACAUACACAGCCACGCACACACAGACACACACUGCCAUCAGCGAAUCUUCUUCGCCGACAUCGCAGCCGCACCUAAGUUCAUAUGUAUAUGUAUGAGUGUAUUGUGGGUGUAGUUGUAUGUAGAUAAAAGCAAAUACAACAAAAAUAAGUCUCAUCCCCAGUGAUAUGCAAUAAAAAAACAUACACCAAAAUAUAUUUAAACGCAAAAAUUAAAGAAAUAAACAAUCGAAAUUUUAUACAAGUGAUGUGAAAUAGCAAUACACACGCAGCAGCAACCAACAUAUGUACAUAUACGUACACACACAUACUCACAUACAGAUGCCCGCACAUACACGUACAACCGAAAAAAGCAUAGAGAGCGAGAGAGUGUGAGUGAGCGAGAAAAAGCGAAGGAACGACAAAAGGAAGAAGAAGAAGCAGCACACAGCAUCGGCGCAUGGCGUUGCGGGAAGAUUGAAAAUAAACGUGUAGUAGAGAAUUUUUGAAGCACACUCAACCAACCAACCAACCGCCCACUGCCGCCAUUCUCUUGCCGCCGCCAACGCUAACGCCGCAUACAUACGUACACACACACACAUACAUACAGUGAAACAGAAUCGUAUGCGCGAAAAGUGUAAACCGUGCACAGUUGCUGCUGUUGUUGCUGUUCCUGUUAGCCGCCGCCAAAGGACGAUAGACGCGACGGCGACGAAGACGAGGAGAAUAACAACAACGACAACAACAAGAACGAGACGGCGAAGGAGGACGACGUGUUGUUGUUGUAGCUGUUAAAGCCAACGCAAAUGGCAGACCCUCUAAGCGGGCCCUGCUUUUGAGACAUGUCGUAAUGGCCAGAGAGGAGUCUCGCGGCAAGCGACCACUGAAAAUUUGGGAUAGUUGGCGGAAUGUGCGUAAGGGCGUCGUAGUUGGUACAUUUGAGGAGCUAUUGGUGCGCGGCAAGGAUAAAUUGGGGGUUCCUGCUUCAGAACCUGUUCGCGUUGUUCUGGAGUGUGAUGGAACCCAAAUCGAGGAUGGCGAAUACUUUCGCACCCUGGCCAACAAUACGGUUCUCUUGCUGUUGAGGCAGGGCGAGCGAUGGUAUCCAACGGGUGUGGAUGUCAUAAAAGCUGCUAUAUCAGCUAUACCGAAAAUCGUCUGUGAGACGAUCCAUGCACUGGAACUGCAUGAUGAGACACCAUCGUGGAAGAUUAUGGAUAAUAAAGGGCGUGUCACGGUCGUAUUGCACUGGGAUCAGCGCCAAGGUGGCGGAGGAGGAGGCGGCGGCGGCGGCGGUGGCGGUGGAGGAGGAGGAGGUGGUGGUGGUGGCGGCGGCAUGUGCAUGGGCGCCGGUCUGGGCAGCAGCAACGGGUUGCUGUCGUCCGACAAGUAUUCGCCCUCGAAGAAGGGUCUCUCCGCGCAAAGUUCGUUGGACAACAAGUCGGUGUCUUCGCAAUCGUCACAGCCUCGCUACGCCAGCCCACAAAUAACGGUCAUUAGCGACGAGGGACCGGCGAGCAUUUACCAUCCGGGCGGCGUUGUCCUGCCCCCGGGUGUUGUGAUACCCGGCAGCGGCAGUCGCCGUCUGUCCAAGCAGGGCGGCUCCUUCGACAGUGCUGUGGGCGCAGUGCAUGUGCAUACGCCGGAGUGUGCCCAUCAUGCGCACACGCCCAGUCGGGCGGGCAGUCCCAGCACAACGGAAUGCGACUUCCAUUGCUGUGCCCUGCAUGAGGAGGGGCGCAAGAUAGCGGUGCACAAGAGCGUGGCCACGUCGCCCAUUCAGGACGGCAGCAGCAGUCCGCAACCGCAUCAACAGCAACAGCAGCUGCAUGCGCAUCAGGCGACGCUGGGAAUGUCGUCAUCGGUUAUGGAUCCUAUGCUGGGCGGCAGCGGCAGUAUGCAGCGUCGCUCAUCCGGCGCCAAGGGUCAUGUACGCUUCCUGGACAUUGCACCGGAGCGCGACAGCUCGGAGAGCGAGACGGAGAACACGGUGAUGGAGGAUGAUAAGACGACGACGGAGAAGUUCUUGCUGCUCAUCGAUCAGCUGUCUGUCGAUCAGAAGCGUCACCUCAGCAUCAAGGACAUCGGCAUCAUACUGGAGCGCCUCAACUCAAAGAUUCUCGAUGUGGAGCGACUGGAUCGUGAGUCAGAGUCCGAUGACUGCUACAACUGGACGAUAAAGGCGACAAUACGUGGCGAUGCGUUACGCGAACUGGGCGUCAUCUACAAUGGCAACUAUUAUGCCAUAUCCGAGCAUCCUGGCUACAAGGAGGAGCUGGAGGAGAACGGCGAGGAAGUCGAGGAGGAGGACGAGGAGGAUAGAAUUUAAAGAAAAGAAAAAACCAAAAACAACAUACAUACACAGCUAACAGCUAACAGUUAAAAAUUAACAUUUAAAACCGAAGAAACGAACCCGGAGAAGAAGAUGGUAUCAAUAAUUAGCGCAUUUUAGACAAACAACAAAGAAAUUAAAUUAAAAAAAUAAAUACAAAAACGAAAACGAAAAGAAGUCGUGAGCAGUGGCAAGCGGCAAGUGUCGUUGCAACUGCCCUCAGAUCAAGCAUAAUUCACGUAAACAUAUAAAAUUAAUAUGAAUUAUAAAUAAACAAAACAAAAAUAAGGCAACCGCACAUUGUAUAAUAGUGAAGUAAGCAUAAAAGUGAAUUACAAUUUUCGCAAUACACAGUGUUAAAAGAAAUGACAAUGGAUUACAAAAUCAGAAUGCAAUGAAAGUGAAGCGCAACAGAGAGAGAGAGAGAGAGAGAGAAAGUAAAGAGAAAGCAUGUAAACUAAAGUAUUGUAGCAUUUAGCGAAUUUGUCAUUGUCGGGAACCGAUGAUGUUGCAGCGAUUAGCGAUAAGCUAUAAACGAUGAGCGAUACCGAACCGAAAGCACAUACUACCAAAUACUUUAUGUUACUAUUAUUGUUGUUAUUUUGUGUGCCAAAAAGAGCCUAGCGCAUGCCUUAUUUAGUUGUAACCCCACCCAAAGAAUCCUAUCGACUUAUAUACAAUAUAUAUAGAUAUACUAUAUUGAUGUAUGUAAGUGCACACACAUUUCUGUACAAACUGAAAACUCCACUCUACCCCCAUCCCCCCAUCCCAUACGAAAAGGUACUAUAUGUAUAUGUAUAUACUAUAUAGAUCGAUUUAUCAAAUGAUCAGUUAUACUCGUAUAUUACAAACACACAUACCAUAGUUUACUGUAUGUAUGUAUGUAUUCGAAGAGGCAGGCCUUUAUUGGAAUAUGUACCUUAUUGCAAAAACACUGGCCAAAAUGACUUCAAGUGCCACAAGAUCACGAUCGCGAUCACGAUCAGCACGAUUUGUGUAGUUCCUCAGUUUCGAUUCCUUGAUCAGCAGCACAUUGGUAUUAUCCCAUUUACUUGCAGUUGCUUUCCGUGGCUUCCAUAUGUGUUGUUCGAACUUGUAUUUUAAGUGCAUACUAAUAAUUAUGUGUAAUGUUAUUAUAUCCCCACAUUCCCCACGAAAUCAGCAUUUCAAAACUGCCGUUAUUUGUAGUGUUGUAAAACGUUAAAAAUCGCGCACAACCAGCCAAAAUGCAUUUUUUUGGCAUUAAUCAUAAUACAAAAACCAAAUCGUAACAAUGAUCAUCUGGCUCGAUGACAAUUGACGUAAUUAACUGUAGUUAUACUUACAUUGUAGAAAGAAACCAAACCAAAAGAACAAACAAAAAAAAAAACAAAAGAAUCGAAAGAAAUGUGAAUCACCUACACAUUUUAUAGCAAUGAACACAUCGUGUUUUCCUCGUCCCCUCGCCCAUUUUACCAUUUCGUAUGAAAUCCCCAUCCCAUCUCUCCCUGACUUACUUUCCUACCAAAUAUCAGAGAUGCGAGGAUUCCAUUGUGUAAUUAGAAAUUAUAUAUGUCUAAAUGCCAAAUUACAUAUACAUACAAAUGAAACACUGCCAACAAAAGUCGUAACAAAUUUUGCAUUUGUUAUGUUAUUGUUAAAAAAGUAAUUGAAUUUUCAAAUCGGUUGAGCAUAACUUUCCCAAACAAAAUAAAACAAAAACAAAAGAGAAAAGCCCAAUGUCCUUUGUUUCUCAAGUGUUCGAUGUCGAUCCCAAAAGUGUCUCGAGUUAUAAAUAUAAAGCGCAACAGCAGAUGGUUCUUAGCAAGAACAGAUCCAAAACAAUAUAACAACAAGUAUAUAAUAACAAAGCCAAACCAAACCAAAAACACAAUUAAAAAUAUAUGUAUGUACAUCCAUUAAAAAAAGUAAAAGGAAAAAAGCAAAGCAAAACUCUCAAGAAUGUUAUUGUAUAAAUAAUGGGAAUAAUGUAUUGUACAAAUGUUUCGACACUGAUCGAUUCUCACACUUAUCGUUUAGGUCGUGUGAUGUGUUGUGACUCCGUUUCAAGUGCUGCUAGAUAAGCGUUCCAAAUCCAAUUUCAAUUUCAAUCGAGAACAUACACAGUAGUUAUCGCAAUAGCGAUACAGCUGCCAACAACCAACCUAGCAAUAUAAUUAUUAAUAUUACUGAAAGCUGCCAUUUAUAUGGCUUAUCAGCUCAGCGCAGCGCAGCUCAGCCACUUGUUGCUCUUUUGUCGUCCGAUUGCAGGCGUCCCAUAUUCUGACCUUUUCUUAUCAGCACUCGAACGAACAUAGUGAAAUCAUUACGGGAACGAGAAGAAGAACAACUACACAGCAACAGCAACCGAUUUCUAUUGAAUAAAAUCAAUUUUUAAGAAACGUUUGUCCAAGGCACAAAAUACCAAGCAAAUAAAACAGAAGAGUAUUAAAACGAAACGCAAACAAAGCAUGUACUAUAAAAAAAAAUAAAAAUCAAAUUGAUAAUUGAUUAUGAAAUGAUAAUAAACGCAAAUGAGUUAAAGAAGAGAAUGGAAAACCAGUAAACGAAAUAAUAACAAAUAAAAACCACAACUCACAAUUAGUAACAAAAACAAAAAAACAAACAAAACACAUAACAAAAGCCAAAAAAAAACAAAAGGAAGAAAAAACGAAUUCAUUAGCGUUGUUUUAAUUUAUUAGUAAGUCAAGAACAAAAACAAAAACAAAAAAAACGUGCAAACAAGAAUGAUAUAUGAUAUAAGAAGACGAGAGAGGAGAGUUCAGCAGAGGGAGUAGAGUAUGGAAGAAGUCGAGAAGUGCUACAGAAAAAAACACGGGCACUAUUAUAUAUAUGAACAAGUAUAAAUACCUAUACAUACUCAAAUACAUUGCAUUACAUUAUAAUAAGAGAACUCGCAGUAUAUAACAUAAAUGAAAAUGAAAACCAAAAAAAAAAAAAAAAAAAAACAA